UACGUCAGGGUUGUAAAGUGAACAAUUUGACAUCGCUGCAACAUGUGUGUUGUGUUGUUGAUGCACUAACUUUAGCUUUUGUAAAUAUUAUUGGAGCUACGCAAAGGUAAAUAGGAUUUGUGUGUAAUGCGGAACUUGAGGUUGCUGAAGAGCCUUCGUUGCUUGGAGCUGCAAGGCCCAGGCACGCCGCAAUGUUUCUCUGUUCGGACGGACACAGGCACGGUGCUCAUCGCUUCAGAAUACUCCGUCACAGAGUUGGACACACGAGCUGGCCAGGUGGUGAAUGAGGUGUCAUUGACAGCUGAGAGCUAUCUUCCAGAGGAUGGCAGUGGGACAGUUGUUGGUAUCCAAGACUUACCAGACCAGGAGUCAGUGUGUGUGGCUACAGCCACUGGUGAUGUCAUUCUCUACAACCUGAACACUAACCAGCUGGAGUGUGUGGGCAGUGUGGGCAGUGGUCUGUCAGCCAUGAGCUGGAGCCCGGACCAGGAGUUGGUCACUCUCACCACUGGUCAGGACACCAUUAUCAUGAUGACCAAAGACUUUGAACCCAUCACAGAGGUUGGGAUCCAUCAGGAUGACUUUGGAGAGGGGAAGUUUAUCACAGUGGGCUGGGGGAAGAAAGAGACCCAGUUCCAUGGCUCAGAGGGCAAGCAUGCUGCCCAGAGGAAGACUAUAGAGGUGCAGCCGGCCAUGUCGUGGGACGACCGCAGGCCAAGGGUGACGUGGAGAGGAGACGGGCAGCUCUUCGCUGUGAGCGCUGUUUGCCCCCAGACUGGUGCCAGAAAGGUCAGAGUGUGGAACAGAGAGUGUGUCUUACAGUCGACAAGUGAAACCGUCAACGGUCUGGAGCAGUCACUGUGUUGGAAACCGUCGGGUAGUUUGAUAGCAGCCACGCAGCGUCAUCCUAACAAGCACAGUGUGGUGUUUAUGGAGAAGAACGGCCUCCUACACGGGGACUUCACCCUGCCCUUUGGCAAAGAACAGGUCAAGGUGAAGGAGCUGCUAUGGAACAGUGACUCCACUGUGUUGGCUGUGUGGCUGGAAGAUAUGACACCAGGAGAGGGCGGUCAAGUCAACACAUACAUUCAGCUGUGGACAGUAGGUAACUACCACUGGUACCUGAAGCAGAACCUGUACUUUGGCAGCGACCCCCAGAGGGCACCAGCCUACGUGAGCUGGGAUCCUGAGAGGCCCCUGCGGCUGCACCUGGUGACCCGAGGCUGGGCCAGCCUGAACUACGACUGGGGCUGGAGCACCGACCGCAGCCACGGGGAGGACGGGCAGGACAACGCCAACGUGGCCGUGAUUGACGGGGAUAAGGUCCUAGUGUCAACGUUUCGUCAGUGUGUGGUGCCCCCGCCCAUGUGUGCCUACGACCUUCAGCUGCCCGCCCCCGUCAACCUGGUGACCUUCCAGCGCCAGAGCACCAAUGAGCUGGCAGCGCUCACAGCCGACGGACACAUCUCUGUCUAUGGCCAAGGUACUGGGGAACAGAGUGAGCCUGCAGCCGGAUUGAGAGGAUUCCGAUCUGUCACACACCCUCCCCAGCUAAAGACAACUUACAGGGUUGCGGUGGAUCAGGAGGAGCCCCUGGCUCUGCGUCUGCUGCUGUGGCUGAGUGAUGAUGUGUUCCUGGGGGUGGUGGGCUGUACAGAGGGGCCGUCCCAGUCCAAGCUGCUCAUCCUGGGACCCUCAGAGGCCCAGGGCCCCCAGCCAACCUUGGAGAUCAGGUCACAUGUGGAGGUGGAAGGUCACGUGAUCAGCAUGUGUCACAGCUCCAAGACGGGCACGGUGGCAUUGCAGCUGGAGGAUGGUCAGAUCAGGAAGUUCCUCUGGGACUCUCUGAAGCCUAGUGUUGUGGAGUGGCAGGACUCAACAGGCUGCCGAAUCAACUUUCCAGAUCCCUGUGUGCAGACGGCCCUCUUUACCAUAGAAGAGGAGCAUCUGCUAGGGCUUACGGACCGAUCUCACCUGUUUGUUGGCGAGACAGAGGUGGCCUCCAACGUUUCCUCCUUCGUGGUCUACGAUGACUUCCUGCUGCUCACCACACACUCGCACACAUGCCGCUGCCUCCGACUCAGCACACUCACUGUCAAAGGGCUGCAGGUGGCCUUGGCUGCAGACGGUCAGAAUCAGAAUGACCAGAAUGACGAGACUCUCCGCAGGGUGGAGAGGGGCUCCAGAAUCGUCACUGUGGUGCCCCAGGACACCAGGCUCAUCCUACAGAUGCCUCGCGGUAACCUGGAGACCAUCCACCAUCGAGCGCUAGUAUUGGCUCAGCUCAGAAAGUGGCUGGACAGUCAGAAGUUCAGAGAGGCCUUUGAGUGCAUGAGGAAGCUGCGGAUCAACCUCAACCUGAUCUACGACCACAGCCCCAAGGUGUUUUUGGAAAGCGUGGAGACCUUCCUGAGACAGCUAGACUCUAUCAAUCACAUCAACCUGUUCCUCACAGAGCUCAAGGAGGAAGAUACCACUACAACAAUGUACCCUUGUUCAGUGAACACUACAGGCCAGUCAGCCCCUGUGGCUUGUGGGAAAAAGGUGGAUAUUGUGUGUGAUGCGUUGCGCUGCACCAUGGAAUCUAUGGACCAGCACAAGUAUUGUCUGUCUAUUUUGACGUCACAUGUGAAGAAGACUGUUCCUGAGCUGGAGAUUGCCCUGCAGAAAGUCCACGAGCUUAGAGUGAACCCACCCAGUGCUGCCAACGCAGUGAGUGCGGAGGAGGCUCUGAAGUACCUGUUGUUCCUGGUCAAUGUCAACGAGCUGUAUGAACACUCUCUGGGCACCUACGACUUUGACUUGGUCCUCAUGGUGGCCGAGAAGUCCCAAAAGGACCCCAAAGAGUACCUUCCCUUCCUGAACAUGCUGAAGACAUUAGAGCCCAAUUACCAGCGCUACACCAUCGACAAACACCUCAAGAGAUACAGGAAGGCCCUGCAUCACCUCAGCAAGUGUGGUGAGGAGCACUUCAACGAGACCCUAAAUCUGGUGAAGGACCAGAGGCUGUAUAGUGAAGCCCUGGGGCUCUACCCAACAGACAGCCCUCAGUACAAGGCGCUGAGUUGUGCCUAUGCCGAGUACCUGGUGGAGCAGCAGCAGGCGGAGCAGGCAGGGUUGUUGCUGUGGCGCUGCGGCGAGGCGACCCGCGCCCUCCAGGCCUUUGUGGGCAGUGCCAGCUGGAGGAACGCCCUCUGUGUGGCAGAGCAGAUCCCGCUGCCAUCCGACCAGCUGGCACUGCUGGCCAGGGACCUGGCAGAGAAACUGAUAGAGCUCAGAAGAUAUACGGAGGCGGCCAUAUUGUUGGAGCGGUAUGCCAAGGACUGUGAGGAGGCCAUAUCAGCUCUAAUCACAGGUGCAGUCUGGGAAGAAGCACUUCGACUGGUGUAUUUGUACAACAGACAAGACAUAAUUGAAACAAACCUCAAACCAGCUCUCUUGGAAGCAUGUAGUUCUCAGACCUCCUACCUGGAAGUUCAGAGGGCGAUGUUCACUCGUCACAAAACCCGUCUGGCUGUGGUACGGGAGCUUAAGGAAAAAGCCAGGCUGGAGUUACUGGAUGAGGAUGUCCCAGACUGUCCAGAGGCAGAGCUCUACUCAGAGGCCAGUAGUGUGAUGACAGGCAGCCAUGCCGGCUCCAAGUACUCACAUAGUAACUCCCGCAUCUCCUCGAGGUCAUCUAAGAACCGCCGGAAGGCCGAGCGCAAGAAGCUGAGUCUGAAGGAAGGGAGCCCCCUAGAGGACAUGGCCCUACUGCACGCCCUGGCAGAGAUCAUCCACUCUGUGGACAAGAUGAGAGAGGAGGUGCACAGCCUGCUGAAAGCCCUGGUGCUGUUCCAGUUUGACGGACAGGCGGGGAGGCUGCAACAGGCCUAUGGGGAGGCUCUCCAAAUGAUAGAGGUGGCCCUUCCUGAGGUGUGGCAGGAGGGUCUUCAGCAGACCCAGGCCCCGAUCACAGGUCCUAACUCCACAGCCAACAGCAUCAUGGCUUCAUUUCAACAGCCAAGACCCUCAGCAACCCAAGAUUCAGAGACCCCACCACCCCCAAAGAUGAGAAAUGGUGUCAAGUGGAAGCUGAGUAUUCUGAAGUAGCUUUUUGUCAUCACUGUUAUCUUUUUUUAACUGUAAAGCAAUCAAUCAUCUUAUCAUAAAUGUAGCCUAUUAAUAAAGAUGUAUACUGGA